UCCAGUUAAUUAAAAACUUAACUAUUGUACAUUAAUUCAGAUAUAGAAGAAUCGACUAAUAUUGGUGUAACAUGUGAACCAUUCAACAUUUUGAUCCGUUGUCUUCAACUAAAUCAAUAAUAAUCUACUGACCAAUAACUUUUUUCAUAUAAAUCUCUUCAAGUGUGGAAUAGGAUGAUUUAAUAUAUUGCAGAUUCAAGCUGCUCAACCAUCCACUUUUUCCCAUUUUCAUCAAAAGAUCCAUUUUGUUUAAGUUUUUUCUCUUUCUCAAUAGAGGGCUUUUAUCCCUUGCAAAAUCAUCAGUAAGUGGGCAGGAUUUUCCUAGAAUUCCCGACCAGUCCAGCUCUCAGUCUGGAAGCUCAACGCCCCUGAGCAAAGAGCAAAAGUCCAACUCCUGGCCUGCACCAGACACCAGUCUGGAUCGAUGCCUCUAGAGGAACAAGUAAAGAACAAGAAACGCCGACUUUAAGACUUUUGGACAGUUGAGACUAGAAAAUGUCUUUAGCCGUCUCACUGCUCCUCGUGGCUCUGUGUGCUGGCGGAGGGUACGGCGAGGAGGGAACGCAGGCUCAGAAAGCUGGCCAUGUUUCUGUGGUCGUAGUCGGAGGAACUGGAGACCUGGCGAGGAAAUAUUUGUGGCAGGGAUUCUUUCAGCUGUAUGUGAGCCAGGUCAGUGGCGGAAACACCUUUUCUUUCUACGGGGGAGGCUUGUCCCCGUCUGAACAGGCCACACCGGUCCUCUUUGAGAUCCUGAAGGCGGUCACCUGCUCCAAGGACGUUUCUGAGGACCGCUGCGCCAUCCUGAAGGAUCAGUUCCUCCGGCUCUCGCAGUAUCGUCAGCUGAAGACUCUGGAGGACUACCAGGAGCUGGCCCGGCACAUCGAGCAGCAGCUCCAGCAGGAGGGAAUGACGGAGGCCGGGCGCCUCUUUUACCUCUCGGUCCCGGCUUUCGCGUACGCAGGUGUUGCGGAGAAGAUCAACAGCAGCUGCAGGCCGGCCGGCGGGACUUGGCUGAGGGUCGUCCUCGAGAAACCGUUCGGACACGACUACCGCAGCGCUCAGGUGUUGGCGACCGAGCUUCUGGGUGCAUUGAAGGAUGAAGAGAUGUACAGAAUCGACCACUACUUAGGGAAGCAGGUGGUGUCAAAGAUACUUCCAUUCAGGAUAGAGAACAGAAAGUUUUUGGAGCCCAUCUGGAACAGGCAUCACAUUGAGAGGAUAGAGAUCGUUUUAAAGGAGACUCUGGAUGUUAAAGGUCGGAUUUCCUUCUACGACGAGUACGGAGUGAUCCGAGAUGUCCUGCAGAACCACCUGACCGAGGUCAUGACCCUGCUGACCAUGAAGCUUCCUGCCAAUGUGAGCAACAGUGGAGAAGUUCUUCGAAACAAGCGGGAGGUCCUCAGCUCCAUGCUGCCGUUGGGAAAGAAUCAGGCGGUCGUCGGACAGUACCAGAACUACAAAACCGAGGUCCAGCAGGAGCUGAAUAAAACCAAAGAGCACGUCAGUCUGACAUCAACAUUUGCAGCCGUUCUGGCCCACAUCAAGGAUGCGCAGUACGAAGGCGUUCCUGUUCUUCUGAUCUCUGGGAAGAUGCUAGACGAACGCGUCGGGUACGCGCGCGUCCUCUUCAAGAACGACGUCUUCUGCCUUCAGAGCCAGAACAACGUCCACUGCAAACCCAAACAGAUAGUUUUCUACUUUGGCCACGGCAGUCUCAAAUAUCCAGCGGUUCUGGUCAGCAAGAACUUAUUCAAACCAGCUCUGAAAGGCGGCGAGUGGAAGGAAGUGACGGAGCACAAAGACGUCGACGUUUUGGGUUUGCACAUUUCCGAUUACUUUGUGCAAACUCCGACAACAGAAAGGGAAGCGUACGCAGAGCUCAUCCAUCACAUUUUUGCUGGACAGAAGAAUAAUUUUGUCAGCACUGAAAACCUGCUGGCCUCCUGGGAAGUCUGGACUCCGCUCCUCAGCGCCCUCAGGGCCUCCUUCCCUCGGAUUUACCCCGGCGGCGCCGACAACGGAGACAUGCUGGACAUCCAUCUGAGGGGGAAGGAAAUCCGCUUCAACAGCGAGGCCGUCAUCAUCAGCCCGGAUCAGGCGGGAGGGCCGUCGGCCAGCAGCUUCCAGGUGAUGCAAGGGAAGUUUCGCAGCGCUGAGAUGGUGUCCGCCUGGUCGGAGGAGCUGGUGGAGCGGCUGGCCGUGGAUAUGCAGGAAGCAGCUGAGGCAGCCGUGCGGGAAGGCGGGGUCUUCCACCUGGCGCUCUCUGGGGGGUCCACUCCGCUCGCUCUGUUCCACAGGCUGGUCCUGCACCACUUCUCCUUCCCCUGGAGAGACACGCACGUCUGGAUGGUGGACGAGCGCUGCGUCCCGCUGACUGAGGCCGAUUCCAACUUCCACAGCAUGCACGAACACCUGCUGCAACAUGUGAGGAUACCGUACUACAACAUCCACCCCAUGCCGGUGCAGCUCAACCAGCGGCUCUGCGUGGAGGAGGACGGAGGAGCCCAGCUGUACGAGAAGGAGAUCAACAAACUCGUUAACGUCUCCAGCUUUCACUUUGUGCUGCUGGGCGUCGGAUACGACGGCCACACCGCUUCCCUGUUCCCCGGCGGGAAGCUGAACGAGACGGGAGGAAGUCUGGUGGCUCUCACAGAGAGCCCCAUCAAGCCCCAUCAGAGAAUGAGCCUCACCUUUAGCGCCAUCAACCGAGCUCGCACCGUCGCUCUGUUGGUGAUGGGCAAAGGCAAACAUGAGCUGGUCACCCAGCUGAGCCGAGUUAAGGACAACCUGGAGAAAUAUCCCGUCACCUGGGUGAAGCCAGAUAAUGGAAGGCUAGUUUGGUAUAUAGAUUAUGACGCACUUUUAGGAUAGGCGAUUAUGCAACGUAAAAACACAAACGCCAAGUAUUUUCAAACUGUUUUCUAAUGUAAAAUAUCUUUGUGCACCAGAAAUAAGACGAAAUUAACUUUUCAGCAAUAAAUCGGAGGUUGUUUUAAAUAAAUAAUUCCUAUUGAUGAAAAAGGUGGAAUAAGACAUUUUUCCUUUUUCAACAAAAUAAAAGGAAAUACAGACUUUAAAUACUCACAUGUAAAACCAAUCUUAUCUUAAAACUGGGAUGCACCUCUGUCUGCUAUCGUUCUGAAAAGUUACUUGUAAGUUAGUCUUGCCUUAUCUCAAGUGUGCUAAGAUAUCAGCAUUAGAAACUAGAUCAAAAAAACUUAGUGAGAUUUUGUGUUUUUGAAAUGUGUUUUUCAUAUGUUCAAUCAGAGAAUGCAGCUGCUUUAAUGGAGGUGGUGGUUAGGAAGCAACACCAAGGUGACCAGGAACUUCAGGUUUUUGCUUUAACUAUAAAUCACAUUUACUAAACAUUUCCUUGUUUGAGCUCAGGACAACACAGCUCCAGUCACAAGUUUAUGCUACAUCUUCUAAUUACCUAUUUUAAACAUUCUUUUGAUUGAUUUUGGGAUUUUAAAAAAUUGUACAAUUGUACAUACCGGCUCAAAUAUAUACAUACACCACGACUAUUAUUUGAAGUGAAGCCUCUUAGAAAGUUACAGAGAAACCACUUUCUGCAACCACGAAAUGGGCUGGAUGAUCAAUCUACCUGUAUUUGACACUAAAACACAUUUAAAUCAGUUGAUGUAAUGACACAGACCUGGCUUUCAAGCCUAGUUUAACCUUUCAUUCAGGCUUGGAGGCAUUCGAGCAGCUUACUGUUGGUUUCAUUAUCUAUUUCAUAAUCAGAUUUAAUGUCUUUUAUGGUCUGUUUACAUCCAAUUAUGUCCAAAUUUCAGCCAUUGUUAAACUGAGGUGAAGUGGUUGAAUCUGCAGGUUGUUCUGCUUCUACUUUGAGCUGUACUCAAAUACCGCUAUCAUUGAAACAAACCCUUAGUAUGACGCUGUCACCGCCGUGCUUCACAGUCGCUACUGUGUUCUCCAUCAUCAAACAUUCUUCUUGUUUUAUGGCCAAAUACCCGUCUCUGUUUUCUCCAGAGGUUUCCUGAUUGGAGUUGAAAAUUUCACUAAUUCCUGUAGGAUUAAGUUUCAGAUUCUGCAUUGAUACUAAAUGGUGUCAGUUAAUUAUAGACGUGAGCCUUGAUUGCUCCUGAAUUUUCUGACCAAUUUUCUUUCCUCUGAGGCUGACAAUUUUCCCCAGUUCCUAACAAAAACAAACUUUCUGGAGCUGCAAAACCAACAGCUCUUACUAUAUAAGUCGUAUU